GUUUACUUUAGUUUUUGAGAUAUUUAAAGAGGACUUGUUUUUUCUCCUCCUGUUUCUUUUGCCUUUGUUUACAGCUGUGUGUAAAGGCAUACCGACCACACCCUAAACAAAUCAACAUCACUGGCAAAGUCUGAUUCCCUGUUCUUACAUCGGGACACAUACGCAUCUCGUGCGCUAACAACCUGACCCCCGGAGCCCACAUCUCCUUUAUACGAGUACUUCCCCAAACUGCUGCUGAUUUCACAUUAUAAAAAGGACUUCAUAAGGAAGUACAACUGACCCACUGUCUGUUUUGUAAUUCACAGAUGUUUUUUUCAAUCUGACAAGGAACUCAUCUGUCUUGUCUGUAAGGACAUCUUUAAGCAGCCUGUUGUGUUGUCAUGUAGCCACAGCUUCUGUAAAGACUGUCUGCAGACAUGGUGGGGGGGGGGCAACUAAUUAGCAUGUGUCCGUGCUGUAAUAAAAUAUCCCCGACAUGUGAUCCACCAUGUAACCUGGCAUUACAGAAUCUGUGUGAGGCCUUCGUAUUGCAGAAAAUAACCUCAGAAGCUCUCUGCAGUCUGCACUCUGAGAAACUGACACUUUUCUGUCAGCAGCAUCAGGAACCAGUGUGUGUCAUCUGCAGAGAUUCAAAAACACACAGCAACCACAGAUUCACACCCGUCAAUGAAGCAGCCGAAGCCCUCAAAAAGGAGCUCCAGAAAUCCCUGAAGCCCUUACAGGAGAAACUGAAGCUCUUUGAACAAAUUCAAGGAAACUUUGGGCAAACAGCAGAACACAUUAAUGUCCAGGUGCAACAAACAGAGGGGCGAAUUAAGGAGCAGUUUAAGAAGCUUCACACGUUUCUACAAGAGGAGGAAAAGGCUAGGCUGGGUGCUCUGAAGAUUGAAAAGGUACAGAAGAUGUCAAUGAUGGACAGGAAGAUUUCGGCCCUGAGCAGAGACAUAGAAGCUCUUACAGAAACAAUCAAAGCCACAGAGGAAGAGCUGAGAGCUGGAGACGUCUUAUUCCUGCUGAACCAACAGGAAACAGUGAAAAGAGUGCAGCAGCGCCUCCAGCUGGAGGAUCCACAGCUGCACCUAGGGGCUCGGUUAUGGCCCCUACACACGGCGGCGUGCGUUGUCGCUUGCCGGCGGGGGGGGCUGAAACUCGACCAACAACCAAUCACAUGAAUCUCCCGCCCCAGACAUACAAGCACGCAGUUUGAUUGGCUAGAGCUUGUACUGGCAUAUGAUUCGAUUGGCUGAUGCCUCCAUCGAGGCGUCAAAAGUAGAACAUUGCUCUACUUUUGCAGCGAGCACCGCGAGAGAAGCUACGCUUUGCUCCCACAAUGCAGUUCGGCGAAUCCUGCCAUCCUGCAUAUCAAUGAUGUUCUUGGAGUUUUAGGGGAAAAAAAUAAAUAUUUGAUGCUAUCCUCAGGUUAUCUUGAUUAUCUAAUACUGAAUAUUUGCUGCUGAUUUCGGUGUUUAAAAUGUGAUAAUAUGAAGAAAAAAAAUGAAUUGUAAAUAUAAUCCAAAUAAACGAUUUGUACAUGAAUGCAUUACAUUAUCAAGGACAUUGAUUCAUUUGUCUUCCAUUUAUUCAUUCAUGAAAUAUAUACAUUCUAUAGUUGAAUAAUUUACUAUGGCUUGAUUUUUGACCUCACAAUACAUGUA